UAUUUCGUCAGCUCACUUUUUGUCAAUUGCGUGGCGUCGCCACCAUGUUCCGCUCCGAGGCCUUCCGCUCCGACCGCGGGCUGGGCAAAGUGGCGCUGGCGGCCUUCGGACUGGGCGUGUUCAUGACUGCACACGCGUCUUUGCUGCUCUACACGGAGUUUGUGGCGCUGGCCGACUCGACCCGCGACGCGACGUCAACAUUGCGCUGGCGGUGCCUGGAGCAGUGGAGUUUGUACGCGCUGGCACUGGGAUUUUUCCAUCUGAUGGAAUUUAUGCUCACGGCUGCCUAUCGACCGGCAAAUGUCAGCUACGAGUCUUUCCUGCUCAACCAUAGUCGGGAAUAUCAUUUGGCAGUGCUUUUGAGCUGUUUGGAGUUCUUCCUCGAGCUUUAUUUCGUGCCGGGCUGGAAAUUGCACGCUUUUGUGCGGCCUGUGGGCAUUGCACUGGUCAUUAUGGGGCAAUUCUUCCGAGUAUCUGCAAUGAGCACUGCGGCCAGCAACUUUUCGCAUCGGAUCGAGUAUUUUAAGAGGGAGGAGCACGAACUGGUGACGCACGGAGUGUACCGCUUCAUUCGCCACCCAAGCUACUUGGGCUGGUUCUGGUGGAUCGUGGGCAGUCAGAUCCUGCUGGCCAACCCUGUGUGUGCUGUUGGCUACUCAUUAGUGGCCUGGAGCUUCUUCCACGACCGAAUCCCAUAUGAGGAGCAGUUGCUGCUUGGAUUCUUUCCAGACGAGUAUCCAAUGUACAAGGCGCGCACUAUUAGCGGUAUCCCAUUUGUAUAAGAAAUAGUGUAGCGUUGCAGAAUUUACGAGCAGUGGGGAACAAGUUUUAGCAAAUGUAGGCAGAUUAGACGUCGAAGGUUACGGACUUUCAUUUCUUAGCUUUACUUUUCUUUUUCUUCUUGCUCUUACCCUUCGAAGUGUCAUCACUGGACUGCGGCACC